GAAAAAAACCCUCUUACUUUCUUAUACUAAUAGACGAACCAUACAUCUAUAUUUGUAUUUGUAUGCGUUCGUAUGUGUGUGUGAUGGAGAGAGAUAAAAGCUCGAUGUCGAUGAAGCUCAGACCGGUGGCGACGAGACAAUCGCUCUGGCCAUUUGGGAGAGAUAGAGCGUUUGCGGAGAUUGAGGAAUAUGGCGGUGGAGGUGGUUGCAUGUGGCCGCCUAGGUCUUACACUUGCAGCUUUUGCGGGAGAGAUUUCAAGUCGGCGCAAGCACUAGGUGGUCAUAUGAACGUUCAUCGAAGAGACAGAGCUCGUCUUAAACAACAAUCAUUGUCAUCUUCAUCAACUGAACAAGCCACGCCUCUUGACUGUGAUCAUCAACAACAAGUACAAAAACAACAUGAAGUUCUUGACGUGGGACCGAAGUUUCCCUUCCAAGGAGAUUCAAGAAAGCCUAGUGGAACUAAGAGAGAGAUAAGUGAUGUUGGUAAUAGUAAUGUUCUUGAAAGUUCUAUGAAAAGAUUUGAGCAUUACAAUGAUGAUGUCCAGACUGAUUUAUCUAUCGGCCUAUUGAGUUCUGAGUUCGAUCCUCGGCAGAAGCAAUUAAUCAACGGAUUUUCCAAGAAGGCAAAGACUGAUGUCACAAGAUUGCCAGUGAUGCUAGGUUUGGUCAUCGGAGUAUCCAAGAUCAACGGUCAUCACGAGGAGUUGGAUCUUGAGCUAAGGCUAGGAGCUCAUCCGCCAAAGAUUAACUAG